AUGGCCUCAAACGUCAUCUCCCUAACCCUUGUCCUCGCCUCGGGCACCAUCAUAAAAACGCAUCACAGACCGCGGAAAACAUCCGCGGGGUACGAUCUCACGCACUUGGUCAUCGGGUCUGAAGGCACACUUGCGCUUGUCACAGAAGCUGUGUUGCGUCUUGCGCCUCUACCGCGGAACCUGCAUGUCGGACUAGCUACUUUCAAGACGUUCCAAGAAGGUGUGGAUGUGGUUGUUUCGUUGCAGAAACUAGGGCAUCGGCUUGAAGCGCUGGAGUUGGCGGAUGGGCCGCAGAUGCGGUGUGUUAAUGUGUCUGGUCUUGCGCCCGCGCGCAUGUUUGAGGAGGUGCCGACGCUGUUUUUUAAGAUUGCGGGGCCGUCGGUGCGGAUUGUUCAGGAUCAGAUAUCCGUUAUGCAAGAGUUGUGUAAGACACAUGGCGCAUCGGAGGUUGAGAUCACACAUGAACAAGACGAGAUGGAUGUUAUUUGGGGAGCGAGGAAAUGCAUGGGCACGGCUCUUCUUGCUAUGAAACAACAACCCACUGAUCUCUUCUUACACAGCGAUUGCGCGGUUCCCAUCUCAAACCUCUCCCGCCUCGUCGCUGGAACUCAGGAUCUCAUCAGCCAGGCAUCGGCUGCGAAUCAAGCGGAUUGGUUCUGCGCCAACGUCGGCCACAUCGGCGACGGCAACGUGCACUCCAGCAUCAUCUGCCCCUCCUCUCACUACUCCGCCGCAAUUCGCGUAAUCAACGACAUCGCUCGGCUGGCGCUUAGCUUAGAGGGUACGGUAACGGGCGAACAUGGUAUAGGGAUGAAGUUGAGGGAUGCGUUGGAGGAGGAGGUGGGGAGCGAGGGUGUGGCGGUGAUGAGGGGGAUUAAGAGGGCGCUGGAUCCGAGGGGCAUUUUGAAUCCGGGGAAGGUUUUUAGGUUAAAGGAGGAGAUGGAGGGGGAGGGAGGUGAUUUUAAACUCUAG